CUGUGAGCGAGGGAGGGAGAAAAAGGAGAGUCGGAAAGUACAAGUUGUCAUCGAGCAGAAACAGAUGGGACCAUGUAAAUAUAAUAAUAACCACUGCAGCCAAAAAGACUGCCUGACGAGCCCAGCUACACAGUUUGACAGAUGAGAAGAGGAAACAGAGGUUGUUCCUCUCCCCACAGAGAUGGUUGGUGGACGACGUUAUCGUAGCUUCACACACAGCAUUGUGCUGCUGCUCUGUCUCCAUUAUGUGGAGACUUCCAGUGGAAAACGCGUCAUUCACACAAAAGUUGGAGAUACUGUGGAGCUUUCAUCAGGCUUACCAACUAAAGGUGUGACUGCAGCAACGUGGAGAUAUGGAGGAAUAACAGUUGCAGAGAAAGAUGAGGGUGUUUCUAAAGAUUCUCCAUUUAAGGACAGAUCAGAGCUGAACCCUGAAGACUUUACUUUAACAGUGAGAAAACUGACUCUUCAAGAUUCUGGUGAUUUCAUUUUUGUCUCAGAGGUGAAUGAUGAGCAAAGGCCUUCAGUCACCAUCACUCUGCAAGUUCAUGAGCCCAUAACUAAGCCUGUCAUAAAAAUCAAUUCUACCUGGAUUUCCUCAAAUGAAUCAUGUAAAGUUCUGCUGGAGUGCAGCGCAACUGUCAAUGUCAGCUACAAGUGGACUGUAGGAAAACAAACACUAACUGGUCCCAGGCAACAAUACAUCAUCAGGGAGCAGGAUGGAGAGACCAAUGUCACCUGCACAGUUUCCAAUCAUGUCAGUGAGAAGUCUGCAUUUCAAACAGUGAAGUGCAGCAAUAGUACACAACAAGAACCAGAAAAAGACUUGAUCCUUUUCCUGGGUGUAGCUGGUGGCUGUUUGAUACUUGUCAUUAUAUCCAGUGCAGCUGUGGGUGUUUGUCUCUGCAAUAAGAGACAUCCAGCUCUGUGUUGCAACAGGCUCACACAGUCUGAAACUAUCAGCCAGGAGGAAAGUCAGCAACAUGUGUACUCGGCUCUUUCCCACGGUGAUCGUUGUGUUUAUGAGACAAUGAGAGGCCAUGAAGAUGCUGGACCAGAAAUUGAAGCCAAAACUACUCACAGAAAACAAACAGCAGAACCAGCAGGACAUAGAAGAUAAUGAAUCACAGCGAUCUGAUCUAAAGAAGCCACGUUCAGCUGGAAAGGAAGGAGAAGGACAGGGAUUCAAACAUCACCGGGAAACUCUUAUUUGUUUUGUUUUGUUUUUAAUUAAAAAAAAUUUGGAUUUUGUGACAUGUGAUGUUUAAACACUUUUCACAUCUGUAUUUGAAACAACAAAUAGUGUAAAAUAAUGACUUCUUGCUAUUAGUCCAGUAACACUUUCUUUAAUAAAUACAUUAAUUGACUGAU